GCCUCCUUGUCCAGCUUAACCAUUCGCCGCAAUGUCCAGGUCCUAUGAUCGCGCCCUCACCGUCUUCUCCCCCGAUGGGCACUUGUUCCAGGUCGAGUAUGCGUUAGAAGCAGUGAAGAAAGGCACAUGUGCCGUUGGCGUCCGCGGCCAGGACGUCGUGGUUCUGGGUGUCGAGAAGAAGUCAGUACUUCAGCUGCAAGACCCCCGUACAGUGCGCAAAGUUGUUAUGCUCGACGACCACAUCUGUCUCGCGUUUGCUGGUCUCAAUGCCGAUGGCCGAGUGUUGAUCGACAAGGCACGAAUAGAAUGUCAAAGCCAUCGGUUGACGGUUGAAGACCCCGUUACCGUGGAGUACAUCACCAGACACAUCGCAGGCAUUCAACAAAGAUAUACCCAGUCAGGAGGUGUGCGUCCGUUCGGAAUCUCAACCCUCAUUGUCGGAUUCGACCCCCAUGACACCCGACCACGACUCUACCAGACAGAGCCAGGAGGCAUCUACAGUGCUUGGAAGGCAAACGCCAUUGGCCGCUCUUCUAAGACUGUCCGUGAGUUCUUGGAGAAGAACCAUAAAGACGACAUGACUAGGGAUGAGACAAUCAAACUGACCAUCAAGAGCUUGCUCGAGGUCGUUCAAACUGGUGCCAAGAACAUCGAGAUAAACGUCAUGGAGAGCUACGGCAAGAUCACUGCUCUAGAUCUUCCACAGAUCGAGGCGAUCGUAGCGGAGAUCGAACGAGAGAAGGAAGCUGAGGCGGAACGCAAGCGUUCCAGACUAGCUGCGACAGCAGCUGGUCAAGCAGCUAUGUCCCAAGCGGCUCCUGGGUCAGGCGGACCAUCCGGGCAGCAGUAGAACAUUGUAUUUGUACCACCACCACAUCGUCUUUUAACGCUUUGUUGCUUCGGUUUACGCAACUUGCCAAUUUCAGGUCUCAAAAAAUAACGCAGCUUUAGGGUAUCGGACGCGAUGAAGGUCACAGCCGUCUACGCAGCCUCAAGAUAUAUCGCGAUUAACUUGGUCUCCGCAAAGCUUUUUGGUUUGUAAAUCAGAUGUAUAAUCCUAUGAAGCGGUUUGUUGUCUUGCG